AUGGUGACCAAAACUUAUAUUGUAUCAGUUUUCACGGUGAUUUUGGGAGGAAGUGCGCAGUUUUACAGUUACGGAGUUGUAAAUCCGGCGCAGGUUAUCAUCACCAAAUGGAUAAAUGAGACAUAUACGGAAAGAUAUGGGACACCGCUCUCUUUAACAAUUUCAAACUUGUUCUGGUCAUUCGUGGUUUCCAGCAUUGCCAUUGGAGCCAUUAUUGGAGCUUGCCUUACUAGAUAUAUUGGCGAAAAGUUCGGCCGUCGCAAUGGUCUAAUCAUCAAUGGUGUAGCUAAUGUUUUCGCAGCCUUCUUUCAACUCGGUGCAAAGCCCUUGCGCUCUCCCGAACUAUUGCUGUUUGGCCGAUUUAUUUUCGGUAUCAACAUGGGACUCACCAGUGGAAUAGUGCCAAUGUAUCUGAUGGAAAUCACGCCGGCACGAUAUCGCGGCCCCGCUGGAACUCUGCAUCAGGUUGCUGUCGCGUUUUCCGAUUGGUUCUCGUUGCUGAUCGGAUUGCCGGAAGUUCUUGGAAGCGAAACACUUUGGCCGUGGGCGUUCGCGUUUCCUGGCCUCCUGGGGCUCGGAUUAGUUGUCAUCCUUCCAUUCUGCCCAGAGUCGCCAAAAUACACUCUCGGCACGAAAGGCGAACGAGCAAAAGCGCUUGAGGAUGUUGAUAAGUUGGUGGGAAGUUAUGAGGCCGAACAUAUGUUUGAGUCGAUUGUGAGAGAAGUCGCACUGGAUAAGGGAAAUGGAACGUUCUAUGAGCUUUUCACGAGAAAAGAUCUUCGAAUUCCGCUGACGGUUUCAAUUUUGGUAAUGAUUGCUCAACAAUUCACCGGAUGCACUGCAGUUUUUGCCUAUUCCACCGAUAUGUUCCUCAACGCCAAACUCGAUCCAGCUCUUGCUAGAUUCAGUACCCUCGGAAUUGGAAUAGUGUACUUCCUCUUUGCAUGCACUUCCCCAUAUUUGAUUGAGAAGGUUGGACGUCGUCCAUUAUCUUUGUUCCAGUUAAGCAGUUGUAUGUUCGCUUUGGUACUGCUCUCAUUAUUCACGUAUCUGCAGAACUAUCUUGCGGUUGGAUGGGCUAGUUACGGAACGAUUUUUGCAUUGAUUUUCUACAUGUGCGUCUAUGGUGUUGGAUCGCCGAUUCCAUGGAUUAUUGCAAGCGAAAUGUUCAAUCAGCAGUUUCGAGCUACGGCUGUGACUGUCUCGGUGUUUGUUGCGUGGACAUUUGCCUUCAUCAUCAGCACCAUUUAUCUUCCAUUCCAGCAGCUCGUCGGAGUCUCGUUUAGCUAUCUUCCUUUUAUUAUUGUUCUCAUCAUUAGUAUCGUUUUUAUGUACAUUCUUCUACCAGAAACGCGUGAUCGUCCAAUUGCUGAGAUUGUCACAGACUUCCAUCACAGAUCGGCUUCUUUGUCAGCUGGAAGACCAUGGGAUGCAAGCAGACCACCAAGCCGACAGGAAAUGCAGAGACUCUUGGAUUCCAUUGACAUCCGGACCUAUGAUUCAAACGACGUCCUUUUCGACGAAUAG